AUGCGCGAUGUCCGGCGCCGCGAGCGACUGGCCGGACUGAAGAGAGUCUCAAAGCGUGAAGAUCGAAGUCGAGCCAGCGCCGCUGAGAAACCGGCUUCGAAGUCUUCGAAUGACCGUAAGCUGCCAUUGAGAAGUUCGACUUCACAAUCAUCGUCGUCAGAACCGACUUCAGAUCUUAUCAGACCCAAGCCACGACAUAGUACGAGCCAAGUCACUCCCACUCCCACGCCGAUGGUCCCCAACGCUUGGUUCGUGGAUCCGUUCUGUACCUUACCUGGCGCGAACGAGUUACCAUCGAUGACACAAAAUCUAGUACACUAUUGCAUCACGGUCUUCAUUCCCAUGACUUUUCCUGCGCGAACAAAAUCAUUUAUGGACGAGGGAGAUAAGCUAAAUGUGAUGGUCAAAACGUCACUCACCGAUGCGGGCAGCUUCUUUGGUUUGAUGACCAUCAGUGCUGCUCAUCGAGCCGCUCUUACUGGACGGCACUCCGAUCUCCUCCAUGCUUCCGAUUCAGACACCCGGGUUCUCUAUGAUCCCGAUUACUACUUGAUGAAAGCGAGAUGCAUACGGGAGAUGAAUGAGAAAUUGCGAGAUCCUUCCAAAGCUCUUAGCCAUGAAGCCUUUGAUACGAUCAUUAACCUACUUACAAGCGCGCUAAUAGUUGGCCUCUUUGAUGAAGCGAGAAUACACCUCCGAGGGCUGAAGAAAAUGGUGGAAUUGCGAGGAGGCAUCACAAGUGACAAUAUUCGGAAUUCUAUCUUCAUGCCAGCAAUACUAGCGAGCGACCUGAAGACUGCCACGGGGCUUAUGACCAAGCCCGUGUUCCCUUUGCCCUGGGAACCCGAACCGCUUGCGCCUGAAGUUCGACAGCGGAUAUGUCCACCUCCGUCGUCAAAGUUGAACAAUCUUGGCAUCUCACUCUUGGGAAAUCCGAACUUCAGUCUGCCUCUGGUUAGAGCUCUAUAUGGAAUGCGGGAUGCUGUACUUCUUCAGCAUCUUGGCAAUCAAAGUCCCAACGGGCUUGACAUUUCGGACUACCAACUCCUCUUGAAAAUGACCAGCGAGGUCGAGCACGAGUUGCUGAGUUAUCCGUAUCGUCCGUCCACCGGAAGCAAUCCGGGAUCCGGCGGGUCGAAUGUCCACGUAACUGAACCGCUUGCUCGAGUUGCCGCCAUCUGCUCUUUGAAUUCUGUCAUUAUCGUGUCUCCAUCAUCCACUGGAUUGGGUCGGGCUCUGACAAAGCAUUUGAAGCAAGCUAUCAGCAGCUUCAUCAGCACCAGUGGACUGACGCAGAUGCCCUCUCCUGAUUUGGACUUGCUAGCGUGGGCGCUCUUCAUUGCUGCGCAGGGGUCCCUCGGGCAGAUUGAACAGCCUUGGUUUGUUGAUCGUCUGGCUGACGUUAUCGCUCUACGGGGAUGGAAAGACUGGGAAGAGGUGGCUGAAAUCAUGACCCGAUAUUUUUACCUCCCAUAUCUCCACGACCCGGUUUGGCGGCCCAUCUGGAAUGAGGCUAUGGCCCAUUUUGCAGUUGCAGAAGUGUUCACUGGGUGA